UGGCCAUUGGCAACAGUUUGGACUUUAGCUGGUGCCACAAAACCCAACUGUGGAAAUCUGCUUUUACAUGUUUUUGCACCCCUCACUUUGCAAGAUAUUCGUUCCGUGGCUUGGUUUUCCAAGGAUACAAGGAUAUGACAUGAAUCACGCCGCAGAGGUUUUGGAUUCUGUCACCCCAGGGUCUGCUGGGGAGAGAGCUGGACUUGACCUCAACCAAAGCCCAUUUAUGCAUCUUAAUUCUCCAUAGCCACUAGCACCACUGCUUUGGAGCGAAAUGUAUUGUACAAGAAAGAAGCGACUGCAGCUGAGCCGGGUCUUGUUUCUCCUCUCUGGGGUUUUCCUGUGCACCCUCUACCAGCUGACCAUCAGCGCCAGACUGUAUGAACCUUUGUCGAUGCCUCAGAUCGGAGAGGAUUUUGGAGAAGGUUCAACAGAGGGGGUGGAGGAAGCUACAGCAGAGACUCAGGGGCUGGAGGAACCUCUCACUGCAACACAUGAAUUAGAGCCCACAGAUCAAACAACACCAGAGAUGCAUGUGGUACAUCAUUCAGAUACAACUUCAGAUUUUAAAGCAUCCACCACCACGGAAUCUCCAUCGUCGCCAACUACAAACCGGACUAUUGUGCACUGCAUCUAUGUGGCUCCCGAGCCUCCACAGGAGACACCCACACCUGCUCCAGCUCCGCCAGUAACCACCAUCACUCCAGCUUCUCCUGGGGAAGCGCCACGUAUGAAGGGUGAAUACCCUGAAGAUUUCUUUUCUGUUGAAGACCGCAGACGAGGCUGGGUGAUCCUCCACAUUAUAGGGAUGAUGUACAUGUUCAUUUCACUUGCGAUUGUGUGUGAUGAGUUUUUUGUUCCCGCGCUGGGCGUGAUCACAGACAAGUUAGCAAUCUCUGAUGAUGUGGCCGGAGCCACCUUCAUGGCUGCUGGAGGUUCUGCUCCUGAGCUUUUCACCUCACUGAUAGGAGUCUUCAUCGCCCACAGCAAUGUGGGUAUUGGCACUAUCGUUGGUUCAGCAGUUUUUAACAUUUUAUUUGUGAUUGGAAUGUGUGCUUUGUUUUCACGGGAGGUUCUUCAUCUAACCUGGUGGCCGCUUUUCAGAGAUGUGUCCUUCUACAUAUUUGACCUCAUCUUACUCAUCAUCUUCUUCUUGGAUAAUGUCAUAAUGUGGUGGGAGAGCAUGAUGCUGGUGACCAGUUACACUCUCUAUGUGAUUUUCAUGAAGUUCAAUGUGCAAAUAGAGCAGGCCUUCAAAGCCCAGCUCCACAAACACAAGAACAUUGUCAGAGUUAUUGCUGUGGAGGAACCUGAGAAGACAAAUGGGGACGAUGAGGAUAAUGCCCCCCCUGCUCCAGAGGACAAGAAUCGGUUAAAGUUGAAGCCAUCCCUUCAGCGAGGGGGGAGUUCAGCUUCUUUACACAACAGCACCAUGAGAAACACCAUCUUCCAACUUAUGAUCCACACAUUAGACCCUCUCGGAGAGGGGAAAUUUAAGGAUAAGGCUGAGACUCUGAAUAAUGUGGCUAGACGGACAGCAGAGAGCAAAACUCAAGACAAAAGUGAAGGUGGUGGGGAAAAAACUGAGCAGACCAAAGAACCAGAGGCUGCCCCAGCGAGCGAAACAGAGAAGAAGGAGCAGCCAGAGGACAAGAAGGAGGACGUGCCUGCAGGGGAGGAUGGGUCAGGAGGGUCAGAAGACUCCGGCAGCGAUGACGACGGCAGCGAUGAAGACAGCGAUGAGUCCAGUGAAGAUGAGGAGGAAGACGAAGAUGAGGAGGAGGAGGACGAAGAAGCAGAGAAAGAAGACGAACCUCUGACUCUGGAGUGGCCAGACACGCGACGUAAACAAGCCACCUACCUCUUCCUGCUGCCCAUAAUCAUCCCUCUGUGGCUCACAGUUCCAGAUGUUCGCAACCAGAAAUCCAGAAAAUUCUUUGUGGGCACCUUCCUGGGCUCUAUUCUGUGGAUUGCUGUCUUCUCCUACCUCAUGGUGUGGUGGGCCCAUCAGGUGGGUGAGACCAUCGGCAUCUCAGAGGAGAUUAUGGGUCUGACUAUCCUGGCCGCAGGGACAUCCAUCCCAGACCUCAUUACCAGUGUGAUUGUGGCUCGUAAAGGCCUGGGGGACAUGGCUGUGUCCAGCUCUGUGGGCAGUAACAUCUUUGACAUCACUGUGGGCCUUCCAGUCCCGUGGCUCCUGUUCUCAGCCAUCCACGGUUUGGCUCCAGUGGCCGUCAGCAGCAAUGGGCUCUUCUGUGCCAUCGUGCUGCUCUUCAUCAUGCUCCUCUUUGUCAUCAUCUCCAUCGCGUCCUGUAAGUGGAAGAUGAAUAAGGCACUGGGUUUCACCAUGUUCCUGCUCUACUUUAUCUUCCUGGUGCUUAGUGUGAUGCUGGAGGAUCGCAUCAUUAUCUGUCCUGUUUCCAUCUGAACGUGUGAACAGAAGCCUUCCCUACAGCAGGCAUUCUCUUCAUGUGGGACCUGAACCAGCAAACCGGGUCUGGAUAUCUGUAGAAACUGUGCAGAAAGCUACUCUAGUUGCUCUGCAUUGCUGCCAGGGACAAGUCCAAUGUAUCAGCAGCAAUACACAUACUGUAACAUUUUCUAGAACUCGUUACAUACUCCCGUUUAGCAACGAUGGCAGCUUUUACAUUCAUGUUUUGAUCACACCAGGAGAUGCAGAACUACUGUCUGAAAUAGCGUAGGUCGUGUGUGCAAAGAAAGAGCACGAACAAGGAUAUUAACAUUUGUUAAUUGUUUACAAAAUGGCAUCUAAAGAAUAGAAUUUGAAAUUUAGAAUAUGUGCACAUUUUGGAACAUUUAUGAGGUUUUUAACUGUGAAUUUUGUAUCAUAUGUACGUAUGCACUUGCGCCAACAACUGUUUUAUAACAUUCAUUUUAGAGGACCUGAGCUUGCUUGAACUCACAGUUCUCAUCGGUUUUUAUGAAAAGGUCAGGCAUACCAAUAACAAAACCCAGACUUGACAUAGAAUAAACGUGUUUAUUCAUAAAUGAAAGCAAACUAUAGAUCCAACCAGGGAAGAAAUUUGAUUUCUUUUUGAUAUAAAAAUCAUACAAAUUAGUAUCUGUGUUACAAAUGAUAAAUAAUACUUAAUAAACAUUGUUUAAAUUGACAAAUCGUGUAAACAACAUGUAGACAUCAAAUGAUGUUUUGGUCAUCUUACAACGUGAUUAAAACGGAACUGUACAUGCUGUGAGGCUGGUGUUUAUUCCAAGCGCGCAGCCUUGUCUAAUCCAGCAUCAUAUUGUCACAAAUAUUGUGGUGAAGUCCAGUAAUAAGCUGUGGAGCUGCAUCACAUCUAGGCAGGGUUUUUUUUUUCGUCAGUUAUUAGUGAAAAACAAUGUUAAAACAGUGAACCACCACACUCGUUUUUGACAAGUCAGAGCUGCUGUUGCAACGUAACAUCUUUGACAUUUUAAUAUGCUCAGUGCAAAGAAACUUGCACUGCCAUGUGUUCAGAGAGAUUUAAAAUGUCCCUUUAUGAUCUGUAUGUCACAUUAAACAGUGCAAUGUCUAAAACUGACAUCUAUACUAUACAGUGAAGAUCAGAGACCAAAAGGAAAUAUACAAAAUACUAGAAUCAAAGAAUCUGUACAUUUUCAUAGAUCGAUUACAGGGUCAAUAAAUUACUUCCUUUCUCACAAAAUUGUUUUUUUAAACAGAAACAUUUAUUUUCAGUUUUUGUUUACUAUUAGUUUGAUUGUACUGUUUUUAAGGAAAUCUAUCCUUGGUGGUCCCAUAUAACACAUUGGUUAUUUAAUCCACACUUUAAAAAAAGGUAUUGCUUAAAAAACUUUGAAUAAAUCAUCAAAUUCCCUUUUGGGUUCUUUUGGUACAUUGUACAAAAAAACAAUAAACCGUGUG